AUGUUGAAGCCGCCACCUAGUUAUAAAUGUGUGAGAUCCUACAAAAACUACAAACCUGAUAGUUUCCUCGCGGAUUUACAACGAAUACCUUGGUAUGAUAUUUCCAGCAUGGAUGAUGCAAAUGUAAUGCUAGACCAUUUCAAUGAGAGGUUUCUCCAUGUAAUGGAAACACAUGCACCUGUGAAAACAGUGAGGAUUAAACACCGCAGCUGCCCCUAUAUUAGCACAGAAAUUCGCGAACUUAUGCAAUACAGAAAUAACCUAUUGAAAACGGCUCAAAGUACUAAAUUAGCAACAGACUGGGAAAUGUAUCGUAAACUAAGAAAAGAAGUAAAAUCCAAGCUGAGAGAUGCCGAAAGGGAAUAUGUACGGAAAGAACUAGAGCACA